AAAAACAAAAACAACAACAAACCAACAAACCAACAACCAAACCAAUCAUGCCUCUUACUCUCAACUACUCCGAAUCCUCCCGUGUUCCCUCCCGUGUUCCCUCCCCCAUUCGCUCUUCGAGCCCAAGCGAUGUGCGAGGCCUUGGCAUUGACGCCUUCAGUGCCAAGCCUGUUCAAGAUAUCGACUUCGAGCUUCCAAAACCAAAAGACCCUGAGAAACUCCCUGGAGAUUGCGACGUCAAGUCGUACGUCAACGACAAUGUCACUCCGUACUUUGGAGACGAGUCCUUCUUAGUUGGUGCAACGGAACGCACCAAGAAGACCUGGAACCGCUGCGAGGAGUUGAUGGAGCUCGAACGCCAGAAAGGUAUCCUGGAUGUCGACGCUGCUACCGCCUCUACGAUCCUCUCCCAUGCUCCUGGAUAUGUUCUUUCAGCUGAGGAAGAUGUCGUCAAGGGCCUUCAGACGGAUGCCCCUCUCAAGCGAUCCUGCAAGCCCAAAGGAGGCUUUCGUGUCGUCAAGGCUGCCUUGGAGAGCUACGGAUACAAGGCCGACCCCGGCAUGGGCAAGACUUACACCGAGGACGUUCAAAGUCACAACGACAUGGUGUUCUCCCUCUACACCAAGGAGAUGCGCAAGGCACGCCACACCCAUUUGUUAACCGGCCUUCCCGAUGCCUAUGGACGCGGUCGCAUCAUUGGUGAUUACCGAAGGCUUGCUCUCUUUGGUACGGAAGAGCUUAUCCGACGCAAGAAGAUUGACUACGACGCUUUGAAAGGAUCGUCUCCCGAUGUCAUGCAGCUACGCAGCGAAGUCACCAAACAAGUCAAGGCUUUCAAGGAGCUCGAGAAACUCGGAAAGACUUAUGGAGUGGACUUGACAAAACCAGCUUCUACCUUCAAGGAAGCUGCUCAAGCAAUGUGGUUGGGUCACACCGCUGCUCUCAAGGAACAAGACGGAGCAGCCAUGUCAGUCGGCCGUUGGGAUGCCUUCUUGGAUAUCUUCGCCGAACAGGAUUUGAAGGAAGGACGGGCCACCGAAGAAGACUUGCAAGAAGUCAUCGACGACCUUGUCAUCAAGAUGAGGCUUGUUCGUCAUCUCCGAAGUCCAGCCUACAACGAGCUUUUCUCUGGCGACCCCACUUGGAUGACGCUUGCUCUUGGAGGCUGUGCCGAGGAUGGAACACCCCUCGUCACCAAGACGACCUUCCGCUUUUUGCACACGCUCACCAAUCUUGGACCUGCCCCAGAACCAAACCUCACCGUCCUCUGGGCCCAAGGACUUCCAGAGAGCUUCAAGCAAUUCUGUUCCAAGCAGUCCAUCGCUUCGUCCUCCAUCCAAUAUGAAAACGAUGACUUGAUGCGCAAGAUCUUUGGUUCCGACUACGCCAUUGCCUGCUGUGUAUCGGCCAUGAGAUGCGGUACCGACAUGCAGUUCUUCGGAUCCCGGACCAACAUGGUCAAGCUGCUUCUUAUGUGCCUGAACGGAGGUAAGGACGAGAUCCACGGAGAGAUGGUCUGCCCUCUUCUCGAGGAAGCAUGCAAGAAAGCCGGCAUUGGACCCGGCGACGAAGGUCGUCCCAUUGACUUUGAAGCUGUGGAGAACAUUUAUCUUAAUGUUGCGGUGCCAUGGAUGGCAAGGCUUUACGCUGAUACAAUGAACUGCAUCCACUACAGCCACGAUCGCACAUGCUACGAAAACAUUCAGAUGGCCCUGCACAACACCAACGUGAAUCGCUUCAUGGCAUUUGGAGCUGCCGGUAUCUCUGUGGUGGCAGAUUCCCUUUCGGCUAUGAAAUUUGAUGAUGUGUUCCCCAUCCGAAAUGAAGACGGACUCACUGUUGGCUUCCGUCGUGCCAACCCCGCAGCCGACAUCCCAUGCUUCGGAAACGAUGACGACAGCGUAGAUUCCCUUGCCGUGAAGGUGGUGUCUCGAUUCAACGAGGAGUUGGACAAGCAAGAAUUGUACCGAAACGCCAAGGCUACCUUGUCCAUUCUCACAAUUACGAGCAAUGUUGUGUACGGUAAGGCUACUGGUGCAACACCUGAUGGCCGAGAACAAGGCGAGCCAUUUGCCCCUGGAUGCAACCCAAUGCACGGCCGCGACAAGAUGGGUGCUCUGGCUUCUCUGUCUUCGGUUGCCAAGAUUCCUUAUGCCAAGUGCCAAGAUGGAGUCAGCAACACCUUCUGCUUGCUUCCUACAGCGUUGGGAGCGCCCGAGAAUCGCAAGGCAAAUCUUGUAACACUCCUCGACGGAUACUUUGCCCGGAAUGCACAUCAUGUGAAUAUCAAUGUUCUCAACCGAAGUGUCCUCGCUGAUGCCCACAAGCACCCCGAAAAGUACCCCAACUUGACCAUCCGUGUUAGUGGUUAUGCCGUACGCUUCAACAGAUUGACUCCUGAGCAGCGCGAGGAAGUUAUGGCACGCACAAUGCACUCUUCCUCUGUUGCAUCGGCAGCCAGCAUCAACAAGAAGAAGAAUCUUCAGUCUGCCAUGUCCAGCAAGUUCAACAACGCCAAGGUCUCCACAGCAUCGGGAGUGAAGGGAUCCGUCUUCAGCAUCGACAGUUUUACCACGAUGGAUGGUCCAGGAAUCAGGACAAACAUCUUCUUGCAAGGAUGCCCCAAGAAGUGUGUCUUCUGCUGCAACCCCGAGACACAAGAACUUGCCGACCCUGAACUUCAUCCUGAAUAUGCCAUGACGGACGAGGAGAUCGCAGAGAUGCUGGACCACUACAAGGGCUUUCUUGCACCCAAGAACGGCGGAGUUACUUUGUCCGGAGGAGAGGCCUUGGUGCAGCCUGACUUUGUGAGUGCCGUCUUCCAACGAGUCCACGACAUGGGUCUUACCACUUGCUUGGAUACGGCCUGCCACGGAAACAAGAGGACUUGGGACAAUGUUCUUCCUCACACCGACUACGUGCUGCUCUGCCUCAAGGGAAUGGACAACGAGGUCGCCGGAACGGUUGCUGGCGUCCCCGCAACCACCAUGAAGAAAGCCAAGGACUUUGCACGCUACAUUCGGGACCAGUACCCAAGUAUCAACUUGACUCUUCGUUGGGUGCUGCUGAAGGACAUCACCGACGUCGAGUCUGAGCUCGAGAAGUUGGUGGCCUUUGCCAAGGACCUUUCCCCAGUCUUUUCGCAGAUCGAGCUGAUUCCUUAUCACGAACUUGGACGCGACAAGUAUGACGCCUUGAACAAGGACUACCCAUUGGACGGCAUGGCUCCUUACAACAAGGAUGACGCAAAGAAGAUCCAAGCCAACCUGGAAGCACAGGGAGUCAAGGUCAUCCUCGAGGCCAUCUAGGCUGGAAACGAACGGUUUUGGAGCGAUCCACUUUUGGUUCCAACCAACCAAGCGCACCCUUAGCAAAGCGCCAACCAACACACGAAAACAAUCAACAAUUUUGCACUCGGGCAUUAGAAAGGGCCUUCCAUUUUACAUCGACAUAAAGAAUGAUAUAGUGAUACAAUGAUAAGAGAACAGAAAAGAUAACUCAUAAUCAUACAAACUUUU